AACGUUGGAGACCGCUGCCGGAGACAGAGGCGGCGAAGAGAGACGCAGGAGGCGGCGGCAGGGAGCGACGCGUCCCGCUGAUCCCUCCAUGGAGAGACCCGUCCCGGUGAUUCCUCCACGGGAGAGACACUCAAGAACAGAAGCCGAAGCUGACACCGAGGCGCUGGACCCGGUGCUGACCGCCGCGGAGCUCCUUUCCCCGGACUGGACCGGUGGGAGGUAACGGCCCCGGAGACAGCAGCGCUAGCAAGCUAGCAAAAUAAAACAGGAGCACUUCCGGGUUGUUUUUUUUUGUCAAACGUUAAAAAGCCUCCACCGGGAACUGGAUUCAACUACUUUGUGUUUCUGUGAAAUCCACCGCCAGCAAAGAGGUGAAGCGGCCAUGAGCUGGCUGCAUCUGCUCACCUGGAAUAGACGCAUCCCCGACAAACAGGAGGCCUUUAUUUUGAAGUGGAAGCCGACUAUUUCCGCUCUGAGCGGCCGCUCUCUCCCGCCAACUUGACACAGAGAAGAAGAAGAAGAGGAGGAGGUGAAGAGGAGGUGAAGUUACGAAGGACCCGAACAACCUUUCACAGCCGGAGGUGGACAACGACUCCUCGUCAUGAAUGGGACCUGCCUCGUCAGUUCGCCUGGUUUUUGAGUCAAACGCCCGUUAAACCGCAGCGGCCGCUGUUCCCCUGACACCGGAGCCCCGGUGUUAAACACGAUUUGCCCUUGAAGAUCAAAAUGAACUGUCCGUCACUGACCAACAAGGAGAAGCUCUCGUAGCUGGAGGAGGAUUCCCUACCCUGACUAUCCCUCCUCCUCCUCCUCCUCCUCCUCGUGGCUCUCCUGGAAUCAAUGACAGGACCCAACUCCCCAAGCCGGGCCGGCACUUCCCCGGCCAAACUGAGCAGGCACGGCCGAUCAAAGAGCACAAGCUCGCACUGCCUCCUCCGCUGCAGCACCCAGGAGGAAUCCUCAGCCUCUCCCCCUAAUAACAGUUCCCGGUCCCCUGGGGAGGAAGAGGAGAAGGAUGGAGGAGUUCUUUUCUAUGUCAACCGGACUGGUUUCCCCAUUGAAAGCAUCACCUGGGAGAGGAUGUGGUCCCAUGUGGCUGCUGUGCACCCUGAGGGUCAGGAGAUGGUGGACAGGAUACGAAACGCUGCGUACCUUCCCAGGCAUCCUGUUCCUUCAGUCCCGACCUUCAAACCGUCCAUGUCGGUCCCAGACUGGCUGGUGGCCGUCCAGAACUACAUGAAGGCCCUGCAAUACAACCAUACAGGAACACAGUUCUUUGAAAUCAAGAAGAGCCGUCCACUGUGCGGGUUAAUGGAGACAGCAAGAGAGAUGAUCAGGGAGUCUCUGCCAAUCAAAUGCCUCGAAGCCGUUAUCCUGGGAAUCUACCUGACCAACGGGCUGACGUCUCUGGAGCGUUUCCCCAUCAGCUUUAAGACUCAGUUUUCAGGCCAUUGCUUCCACCAUGUUGUUCUGGGUGUCUACUGCAACGGUCGCUAUGGAUCGCUGGGCAUGAGCCGCCGCCAGGACCUGAUGGACAAACCGCUUACCCACCGGACGCUGGGGGAACUGGUGGCCGAGUUUGAGAGCUCCUACAAGAGAUACCAGCACACUCUGAAGAAGGUAAAGAUCGGCCUAUAUGUGCCUCACGACCCGCACGUCUUCCAGCCAAUAGAAUGGAAGCAUUUGGUGCUGAAUGCUGCCAGACUGGGAGCUCAGGAGAUGAGGAAGGAGCUGGAGAAACACGGUCGAGACAUGAGGAUGAAGAUCCUGAAAUCAUCCAGCGCCCAGUCACCAAUCAAAGAGCGGAGCCGGGGAAAAUCCUUAUCACCACGGCGACGGCAGAGCAGUCCCCAGCGACGCUUCACACAGCGCAGAGACAAAUCGCCGGCCUCCGUGGAGAGAAAACCUCCAGAGCUCAGCACGCUCAACGACGGCUACCAGAUCCGCAUCUGAGCCCCUCCCUUCCUGUCCGAGACGUCUUCAGUCCCGUCCAUCAGCACUUUUAGGAGACGAGACACUGCAGCUCUGAAAAGGGUGGAAGAUGAACACAAGUGCUUUUCUGAGCUUUCAGAGGAAGAACAUUUUUUUAGAUUUCAAGAAGAGCUCGGUUGCCUGUUUAGUAGCCGUGGAUCCACGACAACAGCUUCAUCACAGCCUGAGAGCUUUUUUUUUUACACAUUUCAGCCUGAAACACUCGGAUUGAAGAAGUUCAGCAGACUAUUUAUUUCAAAAUUUCCAAAGGUUGAGAUCCGUCGCGUUCCGAUAUCAUUUGUUCACAUUAAUGUAACAUCAUAUUUAGAUGAGAUCGACUCCAUCGAUCAGAGUGGAAGAGUUGAGAAUAAGGAAGAGGUUCAAUAAGGUGUGCAGGAAAAUCAAAGAGGCAGAGUCGAUAGAGUUUCAGGAAGAAGGAGAGAAGAGUGAGGAGAGGAUCAUUAGAGCACUGCGGCAAACCUCCCUCUCUCCCUCCCUCGUUUCCUCUGCUCCUCUGAAUACAUAACCACAGCUGGAAGCCAACAUGGCAGAGCUGGUCUGAGAUCAGCUGAGAUUUGUCAUUUUUUAAUCUCCACUCCGAAGAUAGAAGAUUGUGAUUUUGAGUCAAAGGACACGACCGUAAAUCUGCAGCAUGAGGAUGAAGAUCGUCUCCGUUUUGUUUGAACAAACUAAAAACGUAAAGAGGUCAAAGUGUUACAGGAGUUUUGAAUCAUAUGUUCAAAUCAGCACAAGAGAAAAACAAGAGUGAGGAAAUCCAGAGCAGCUCGAUGAAUCAGCUUCGGUACCAAGUGACCUAUGAGAGUCCGUUCAGAACUGGUCACACUCAUACGCACGAUGUGUCAUUAGAAUCGUUCAAACACAAUCACAUGAAUGCAGCUCUGUUUUUCUGGAUUCUCCUGAUUUGAACUAGUCUGAUACAAACACAUACUGUACAUGUAUUAUACCUUGUACUACCCACUGUACUACCUACUGUAUUAUGUACAUAAUGUACCGUAACUCCACUGUACACUGUAUACAAAGAUGGACGACAGGACAGCUCCUAAAAGUGAAGCCAAAGCAUCUCUAUUGCCCCCUGGUGGCUGGGUGCAGUAUAGUUUAAAAAAAAAAAACCUCCUCCAUGUUAGCAGUUGGGCCAAGGUAGGAUAUCCUGGCUUAAUUUCUGGAUAAUGGGAGGAAGUGAUGACAUGUCGUCCAUCUUUAUAGUAUAUCCAUGGUGCAACCACAGUCCCCCCCUGCUGGUCCCUGACCAGCUGUGUCCACAGAAUGAAGGUAGAUGCCUUGCUCAUGUGCCUCUUGAGGGAAGAAAGUUGGGGUUUUGAUUCAGAUUGAAUCCAACAUUUAACUCCAGUAUAACUCAGUAGAACUCAUACCCACACUGAAGCCCAACAGUUCCUUAAAUUGAACAGAUUUUUCCAAAUAAACAUCCUGGCUCCGCCCCCUGAUCGAGAUCUUCACCAGAUUUUAAUUGGUUCCUUCAUGACUCAAAUCACAUCCUUCCAUCUAGUUUUGUUGAAAUCUGUUCUGCAGUUUUUGUGAAAUCUUGUUCACA